GAGCAGGAGCAGGAGCGCCCAGGAUCCAGCGCGCUGGAGCUCCUCAGGAAUCACAUCUCGGGUAUCUUCCGCCCCAAGUACUCGGUGCCGCCCCCCCUGCCGCUCCUCCCCGAAGUGCAGAAGCCCCUGUGCCAGCAGGCCUGGUACCACGGCGCCAUCCCCCGGGCGGAGGUGCAGGAGCUGCUGCUCCACAGCGGGGACUUCCUGGUGCGGGAGAGCCAGGGGAAGCAGGAGCACGUGCUGAGCGUGCUGUGGGACGGGCAGCCCCGGCACUUCAUCAUCCAGGCCUGCGACGACAUGUUCCGGCUGGAGGGCGAGGGCUUCCGCACCAUCCCGCUGCUCAUCGACCAUUUCCUGCACACCCGGCAGCCCAUCACCAAGAAGAGCGGAAUCGUCCUGGCCAAGCCCAUCCCCAAG